AUGGAUCUACUCCAGUCUUGCGACCCGUCUAUUGAGAAAUUAACUCUUAGCUCAAGAAAAAUACCACCAUCAAUAGCAAAAUUCCAUCACCUACGAGAACUUGUGUUGGCAAAUAAUCGGCUAAAGACUCUACCAAAAGUAUUAGCUAAAUUGCAAAACCUUAAGAUAUUGGAUGUAUCACACAAUGCAUUGACGAAGUUGCCGUCUGUUGUUUGUAACUGCCUAACAUUACACGGUUUAAGCGUUGCAGACAAUAAGCUGAAAACAAUACCAGCAAAUAUUUCCAGAUUGCAACAACUAAACCACAUCGAUGUUUCAUACAACCGCAUCAAGUCAAUACCGUCAGAACUUUGGACAUUAAGACAGCUUAAAGUGGUUAAUAUGAAUAACAAUUUAAUCUCAUCUAUAUCACCGAAUAUACGGAGACUAUGUCAACUUUAUUGGCUGGGACUAGCUAACAAUGUCAUCCAAUCAAUCCCUGAUGAAAUAGAGAAAAAGACCGAGAAAGUAGUCAUCGUGGAGUUAGACAAUGAGAAAACGGUGUCUUACAGUAUCGGAAGAGGCUUUUCCCUUUCGGUUCCUCCUGGAUCAGUUCAGAGUCCAAUUCAUCUGACUAUUACAACAUCACACGAUAAGAGUUUGAAGAAAAUAUUGGGUGACUACGAAAUGAUUGAAUCAGACAUAAUUGAAAUAUCACCUAAUACAUAUGAGUUCAUACAACCAGUAACACUAGGAUUUAAAUGUCAAUCUAUGAAUUCGAAAUCGCUCUGUAUUAAGACAAUCGAUGGUAGGACGAAAUGGAAAAAUGUGUCUACAAAACAGACAACAGACGGUGUGUUAGCACAAAUAAGUAAAUGUGCCAAGUUUGUCGUGUUAUCGACUCCCCGAGUGCAAAAGUGUAACGUUAAUGAUAGAGGUGGUAGAAUUGUAUCUGAAAUUACAGAGGAUGUAGUUAUUGACUUUCCCCCAAAUGCUGUAAUGGAUGACAUGUGCCUGUCUAUGACGGUACAUAUUCCUGACCCAAGCUUAACGGUAACUCACGACUUAUGUAAAGAAGACAUUAUAUUCGGUCCAAUUGUUCAAAUAAAUGAGAAGAAUAAAGAAACGAUACGCUUUGAGAAAGAUGUAAAGUUCAGUCUUCCUGUGCCACCGUCAAAAAAACGUCAGUUCCAACCAAGAACUGUAAUGGUGUUUUGUGAUUCUGGUGAUGGACAUUGGAAAUUGGUAACAAAACAAGACAUGGUUUGCUCAGAGAAGACCACCGAAUUCAACGUACGCCAUUUUUCAGGAUACACCUCGAUAUCAAUGCCUCGGGGAUCAUCCAUUCCGAAACGGCAAAUAAGAAAAAUAAUAAACAAAAUUUUAAGAAUGUUAAACGUGUUUGAAGUACAGCUCAUUCUUAUGCAAAAGAAAGAUAACCCGAGGAUGUUAGUCCUCAGUAUAGUGAAAGUAGAUGAACUUGACAGGAAGCUCAACAAGUUAAAGGAACUUGGAUAUAAUAACAGCGGACUACCAUACAGCAAAGAGUUUGAGAUGGUGAAUGGAGAUAAGAUAUUGGUUGACGUUGAUGAGGGAUUUAAGAUUAAGUCAGCAGACACACUCACAUUUACUGAAAAUGGAUUAAAUGAUUAUGAACUAAUAGUAAGUCAUAGAAAUAGCAGAGUUCAAUGUAGCGUGAUUGGUCAAUUGGCAUGUACAUAUGAAGGAAAGAAACAACAACAGGAAAGAACUGAAUGUUGUGGCGUUAGUAUUUCUAUGGGCGAGACGCGGACUAUGAAGUUAUCAUUCUGCCUUCCACAGAAUGCAUGGGUAGCAUCGAGCACAAGUGAUGUUGAACCAAUGGUCCCUUUGUUGCACAUGAAUCCACGAGACACCGACACUGAUGACAAUGUAUUCGGAGAGGCAGGUGUGGAGCCAAGGAAUACUGACGAAUCAGGUUUGACAGCAUCAACAGAUUUAGUAUCCAGAGAACUUCCUCUCCGUGAAUGGAAGAGGUUCGGUCGUCUGAGACUUGGCUUGAAUGACAUAGAGUUGGAUGAUAUUGCCCGUGAUUACUGUGAUAGUGUACAAGAGCAGAAAUACCAAAUGCUUUACCUUUGGACGCGACAGGUCGGAAAGGAUGCGACCGUUUGUAGACUAUAUUCUUAUCUACAAGAACAUAAACUGCGCAGUGCUGCUGAAAAGUUGAAACAGUUUGCUACUGCAAAACACUAA